UAUGGAAGAAAACCAUUAUAUAAUAUAUGAGUAUUGAUAUAUUAUAUGUUAUUUAAUGUUGUUUUGUGAUAUUUUGUAGAAUUUUUUAAUCUUUUUAUUAACUUAGAAUUUUAGUAUAGAUUUGAUAUAGAAAAAUCAAAAUGAUAAAAUUGAAAACAUUGCCACUAUUUGAUAAAACAAGUACAAUCAUUGUAGAAGAAGAUAUUAAUGCAUCUUAUGGGAAAGUUCUUAUCGCAGGAUGGUUACAAAUGUGGAAAGAAAUAGAACCUAAUAGUAUUAUAGAAUUAAUAACUUUUGUAAAUCCGAAGUCUUGGUAUUUAAAUGGACCAAAACCAUAUACAUUAGACAAUGUAAACAUAUCUGAUUAUUAUACAGUUGAACCAAAUAAACCUCAAAAAAAUUUUGUUAAUAUUUUACAAGAUAUACUUGACAGAGUAACAGAGAAAUCUAUAGUGUUUCUUGAUAAUUUAAAUUCUUUGAUAUUAUAUGUAGGCCUUGCAAAUUCAUUACGGUUUGUAGAAACACUUAAAAAAAAGGUAGAACGAUUGAUUUGUCUUUUUAGACAAGAUUGUAUUCCAAAUAAGAUAUUAUCUAUUGAAACUAUGGGAACUACAUAUGUUAGAUUAGAUAAAUACUGUGGUAUGCAUUCAAAUAAUGAAUUUACUUAUAUUGCAAAUUACAUACAUCGUAAACCAGGAGGCAAAAUAUUGCUUGGGUCAGAAUUAGUGAGACAAGAUAUCAAAACAUAUGAUAUACAAUCUGAAAAUUUAAAAACACAGCUUAACUCUGGAAAAAAUUCAUCAACUGUAAAUGAUGCUACAAAAAUUGUAUCUUCUUUUAGAAUAGAAAUAAAUGAACAUGAAAUGAAACAAAGAGAAAACACGCCAUUACCUUAUAUGUCUGUAAUAAACGCGGAAAAUAACAAGUCUAAAAUUUUAUAUAUACCAGAUGAAGUAGAUGACUUGGAUGAGGAAGACCCAGACGAUGAUUUAUGCAUAUAAUUUGAUGUUUAUUAUGUUUGUGUAUAUAUAUUUAUCUAUCCAAACAUUUGUUAACCAUCGUAUAUUUAUUACAUUUUUCUGUACAUUCAUUUAUUAGAUAUAAGCAUUAUCAUAUAAUAUAAUAAAUAUGCUAAACUCAAUUAAUUAAAAAGAUUGUAUACAUAAGAAACUAAUUUUUAAACAGUAUUAAAAUAUAUAUUAAUUACAUAUACUAAGUCAAUUUUUAUUUGGAAUUUACCUUGAAGAUAUACGCACAUUCAUAUUUACUUAAUGUAAGUAAUAUGUACAUAUUAUAAGUUUUUAAAAAUUUAUUAACAAAUGAUAUUGAUUCUAUUUCACUUAUUAAUUCAUUUCAUUUACAUAUAUAUUCAAUAUAUAUUAUAAUAUAAAAUAGUUAUAUUUAAAUGAUCUAUUAUUAAAUACUUAAUAUUUUUACACAAAAAAGAUAUGAAAAAAUAUAUAAACUGUCUUGAGGUGUCUACUAUGUGAUAAAUAAAUUAAAAAUAAUUAAUAAAAACUCAAAUAAAUUAAAAUACAUCAGAGUUAUUAAAGUUUAAUGCUAUAGUAAUGAUAAUAAUAACAAUAAAAUAAUAUCAAAAUUUUGAAAUUAAAUCCAAAUCUAUUCAAAAUUAUGCAGAAAGUUAUCAUUCUGGAUACUACAAAUAUCAUAAACAAGUUCUUAAAGGAAUGGCUAUAGCCUGCACUUUCUUUCAAGACCAGCUUAAAAGAUUGAGAAACAAUAAAUAAUAAUAAUAAUAAUAAUAAUAA